AUGAGACUACGGUCUGAGAAAGUCACACGCCCCGAUUCCUGGCAACCGCGCCCACGUCGGACGAGGAGUGCAUCGGCGCAGGAGAAGAAUGUUUUCGAGAGUGCUCCAGAGGCACAGCCGGCCUCGGAGACUCAGCCCGCGACGCAGCGCAAACCUGCUCCAAAGCGGAAGCCGGCCAAGAAAACUAGCCGGAAGAAGAGUGGCGCAAAGGGCAAGAAGGAGGCCGCUCCCGCCGCCGAGCCCAACACCCAGACCGAAUCCCACGCUGGCACUCAACCUGAUUCCAUCACUGUACUUCCAUCUAUCGAGGAAUCUGAGUCCCGUAGGUUGCCCCCUCCCAUCCCAAAACACGUGGUUCGAAAUCGCAUCACCAAACGUCCCUCGAGGGCUUUCCCAUGGAGCGCUGUGCCAAUAAUCAAGGACGAAAUGAGCCGUCGCAUUCGCAAAGCUUUGGGUGGCACCCCAUCGCCAGCUCCAUCGCUUCCAAAGACACCCGUAAUGCAUUAUGCCUGGCCCCCUUUACCCAAAGGACAGCUCUAUGACAAGCUCAGUCGCAUCCCCUGGUCACUUCCGUGGACACCUCCCUCUCCCUGGAGAAACUUCCCCCGCAUAAUUCGUCCCCGUCCCCAGCCUACCACGCUGGAGGAUGUUGAAUCCCCAGAUGAAUCCGCGCUGACCAGCACGGAAGAGCCGACUUCUAGGAAACGCAGCCGAGUGUCGGAAGACGAUGAUCCUGCCGCAAAACGCCACAAACUAGUACUUCAAACCCCAAACAAUAUGGGAAACCGUCCCCGCGGCACCCCUCGCAGGACAUAUGCGGACCGCGCCCGCCGACGCGAAGCCGAAAGGAACGGACGAAUCGAUCGCACCAUCUACCGUACUCCGCAGCUCCUCGCUCAGCAGGGGGAAGAUGCUCGGUCUGUCUACUCAACCCCUAUCGCCCAACGUCCAAAUGCAGCACCCGCUACUGACCACAACAACGUCGAUUCGGCCGCCACACUGCCUUCCGCCUUGCCGCCAAACCAAGCCCAAGCUGGAUGGAUUGGUGAACCUCAGCCUGCAGUUGACAACGAUCCUUCCACACGAACGCCAUCCUCCGCCCCCCCUUCCUCUGCAGGGUCUCGCAGCCAAUUCUUUACCCCGCGCUCUCAUAUCGACCAAUCUUCACCCGGCAGUGCGCGUACUUCUCGUGCCACUCAGCGCAAAAAAUACACUUACGACCUAGAUCCCCGUGGCUUUGACCCAGCAUUGCUUGCGCGUAUGCGUGCCGGGAGCUCAAACCCACCACAAAAGCCAGUUCCAGCUCAGCCAGAGAAAGUUCAAGAAGUUCAAGCGCUUGAAGACGGUGCCCCGAAGAAACGCAAGCGACAACCAUCUCCGGAUGUCAUCCCGCAUCCUCCAGGAUGUAGUUAUGGGUUCGACCCAGAUUACUUCAUUUAUGAUGAGGACGACGAGGAUGACUCUACGGUAGGAGACCAAGCUGGUCAAGAUAACAAGGACACACGCGCUACAGUCUCCGAUGCAUCUGAGGAUCUGAGUGGACAACAUGUCCCCAAGCGUGUGCGUUUCUCCAAGAUUCUUCCGCACAAGUCAGACGACAAGGUCUUCCCAGAAAAUUUCAAUCACCAAGGACAUUUCCAAGUCCCCGAAUCGGACUCUCCCUCUGCAAGCUCCGAUGAUUCCCCUCAAAAUACCUCCAAGAAGGACGAGUGGUUCCCCGCCGAACCUCAUAUUCCCCGCGAAUUCCGCGGCACAAUCUAUGAACCCAUGUCUAGAAAGUCGCAGUUGUACAUUCAGGCACGGGACUAUGCCAAAAAGCAUGUAGAGCGAUACAUGCCAAAGACCCCAAGCCGCCUUCGCACGGCUCUGCAAGCAAGUCCUCAGGACCAGGAGGCGCUUCAAAAGGCGCAGAACGCUCUCCGUCGACGCAGGAUUGGCCCAAACCGACGUCUGCCCGGGACCCUCACGUGGCAAGUGGUCCCAAGUGUGCAGCGUGAUUUCGCCAUGGGGAAAGCGUGCCCAAGUGUGGAUUUUAGAUACACCAAGUGGCCGGAGCCCGAAGAUUGGGUUUCACGUCUUGGGUUUGACAAAGACCUCUGGGUCUAUGUGGGAAUGGAUCAGAAAUUAUGUGAGAAGAUGAAAGGACACAUGGAAGAAACCCAUAAAGAGUUUAUGCGACUUCUUGCGAAAAGACGCGCUCUCCGGCGACGCCGCCGCGACAUCCAGAAACGUCGCCGGGACUCCGCAAGUCCCCCUCGUGCCAUUGAAGGCACCCGGUAA